AGGUCCACUAGCGAAGGUUCGCAAGCGACGUUAACCUUUCAUCACCAAAGCUUUUCCUAUAUCUCCACCUCAGCAGCUCAAGGUCGACACAUUUUUCAGGAUUAUUGUCCAAAGAGGCUUCUUCCGAGUAAUUUGAAGAGGAGAAUUGUACUCAUUCAGGUGUAGAUAUGACUUCAUACCUAACAGGAACAGAAAUCCUUAAAGAAGAGGAAGACUUGGGGACGUUUCAUCCAAAGCAGAUGCAAUGUGAUAGACCUGAUGCGGGCAAUGAGCUAUGCACAUUGGCAGAAGAAACUUCGGGGAAAAAUGAAGACUGUACUGAUCCUAAGGGUACUAAAGAGAUCUUCUAUGAGGACCUAGAAAAGUCUCUUCCUAAAAAAUUGAAAAUUGGUCCACUAAAGGAAGAGGGAUAUGAAUUGACGGACGAAGCUCUUGAGGAUAACAUGGACUGUACUCAACUCGACAAUUCACCUGAACCAUGCAGCGAGGAGUGUGGGGACGUUGAAAGGGAUUGUGAUCAACUUAAUGAGUUAUACUUUCCGAAGGGUUUAGAAUUCUGAUUUGUACACUUACGUCGGCACCGAAGAAAUGGAAAAAAAACAACAAACAAACAAACAAACAAAAAACAAGUAAGAAGUUUGCAUCCUGAAAAGUAAGAUAUUUGUCUAAGUAGUAAGCACGAUAAUUGGAUCCUUUUUUUCAAUCAAGCUGUUUGAGAAUGUGAAAAAGUAAGAUCUGGUAAUUUUGUUACUCACACAGGGCUUUCAAAGCGAAUCAUGGCAUGUCCGUGUUCAGAGUACCUUUCGCUGGUUGUGGAAACUGGCUUUGUU